CAUUUCAAAGCUUCAGGAUCCCAGGAAGGUUUCGCUCUGCUUCCUGAAGACCGGAACAACGUUCCUCUAAAGUCAUGCCUUGCUUUGGAUUCUGGAGAUCUGGGGCCCAGUGGGAACUGAUGUCUGGACUGUGGUCCUGCACUGUCCUGUUUUUUCUUCUCUUCAUUCCUGCUCUCUCCAAAGGGGUGCAUGUGACCCAGCCUGCGGUGGUGCUGGCCAGCAGUCGUGGUGUUGCCAACUUUGUAUGUGAGUACAACUCUUCAGGCAACGCCAGCGAAGUUCGGGUGACAGUGCUACGUCAGGCCGGCAAUGAAAUGACUGAAAUUUGUGCAGCGACAUACAUGAUGGAAGAUGAGCUGAACUUCCUAGAUGAUUCCAUUUGCACUGGCAGGUCCAGUGGGAACAAAGUGAACCUCACCAUCCAAGGGCUGAGGGCCAUGGAUAUGGGACUCUACAUUUGCAAGGUGGAAUUCAUGUAUCCGCCACCAUACUACUUGGGUAUGGGCAAAGGAACCCAGAUUUAUGUCAUUGAUCCAGAACCAUGUCCAGAUUCUGAUUUUCUCCUUUGGGUCCUUGCAGCAAUUAGUUCAGGAUUAUUUUUUUAUAGUUUCCUCAUCACAGCUGUUUCUUUGAGCAAAAUGUUAAAGAAAAGAAGCCUUCUUACUACAGGGGUCUAUGUGAAAAUGCCCCCGACAGAGCCAGAAUGUGAAAAGCAAUUUCAGCCUUACUUUAUUCCCAUCAAUUGAAAGAUCAUUCUAAAGAUGGAAAACCAUUUUUUAACUUUUCAGAGCUGAAGCAAUUCUAACUUCUUGCUAACCAGCUAUUUUCAUUUGUGUAUUUUUUUGGGGGGAGGGGGGAUGAAACUCACCUCUCCUUAAUAUAAAACUGGAUGCAGAACCCAAAUUAGAGUACUACAACCUAAAUGAAAGGAGUAUUCAUCCAAAAUGAGGAUGCUUCUACCAUAUCAGAUGCAUUUUUAACCAAAGAAUCACUUAGGAACCAUAUAGUAAUACAGCAUUAUGAUGAUGUGGAAUCAGGGAAAUAAGUUAGGGAAAGGGAUAGUCCAGAGAAAGCAAAGGAGUAUUUACAUGUGAGAAGUUUUUGUAACUAAAGGGAUGUUGUCUAGUUAAAAUUUUACGUUGUUAUAAACAAAUAUAUGAUUUUAUGAAAAAUUUAAAAAUACUCACAUGGCUAUAUUUUAGCUUGUGAUUCCAAAGGUUAUAUUGUAACAAUAUGCAUUCUUUUUAUUUGAUAGUGUUGUGCAUGGGGACCCACAUGUGCUUUUGUGUAUUUGCUGAUGGUCUGAAUACAAACACUAUAUGGCAGUGUCUUCCCACCAUAGGCUCAAGGGAAGUUUUGUGGAAAGGCUCAGGACACUAAUACAGCAGGUAGAGAUCAAGGGCAAUUGUUACCUGAUUUGGAAACUGGAUGAAGAAAUCAGAGAAGAUUCUUGCAGGCGUGUUGGGCUGAAUUAGUGCUGAUAUGUGCUUUGUCCUUUUAUGCUUUUUGGCAUUCUGUGGCCUUUCAUGGGCUCAGAAGGAAGUUAAUGCUAAUGCUCUCUGACUUAAUGUGACAGAGCACUGUGACUGAGAAAAUGGCUCAUUCCAGGAGUCCUUCAAGUAUGAACAUAAAGGAAGCUCUAGUUCCACAGGGCUCUGGAUUACUGACACCUGGUUAAUGUCAUGAGGGAUAAAAAGCACACUGAGAGGGUGCACAGAGGUUUCUGUAAACUAACACUGUUAGUGUUUUUUAACUUAAUAUUUUCCAUGAAAAUGAAGCAACAUGUAUAAUGUUUUUAAUUAAAUAAAGAUAAGUGGU